AUGAAUCAAGUCAUUAUAUCGGACUUGAAUCGGACGCCCAUCGUUCAGAUCCUCACUUGGUUCACUCUUGUUACCAGUCUGUUGGCAUUCUUCACGCACGCCGGUAUCAAGUUCUAUGUGUUCCGGAGCCUCACGAUCGAGUCAUGGCUCGUUCUUGCAGCCUUGGUAUUCUGCGUCGCACAGUCGAUCGCAGUGUCACUGCAAGCUCACUACGGCUUUGGCACACCGAUUGCGACCUUAGACGGAUACCAGAUUGAGUCGAACCUCAAAUGUGAAUACGCUGCGAUGAUCCUCUUCAUCGUCUCCCUUGGCUUCUCGAAGCUUGCUGUCGUAGCAUUCGUCCAUCAAUUGACGCCCUCCGAACUUCAUCGUAGAAUCAACUUUGGCGUCCUGGCUGUGAUAACUCUGUGGCUGGUGUGUUCCGUAUUAGUCGCAGCGUUCGAAUGCCGGCUACCACGGCCGUGGGACAGGACAUUGGAUCGAUGCAUCGACCGUUUGACCUGGUGGAAUAUCGUUUCCUGUUUCAACAUCGUAACGGAGAUCGCGAUCGUGGCACUGGAAUUGGUCAUAACAGCACAACUUCAAAUACGACGACAACGGAAGGCGGCGGUCAUGACUUUAUUCUCAUGUCGACUGCUCGUUCUCGUUGCUGCUGCGAUCCAGCUUGGCUUCUUCAACGGCGAAAGCACCGAUGCUGCUCUGAAGGACGAUCUGACACUCGGUUAUUGGCGAUCAACCAUCUGCAACCAGAUUGUACAAUGUAUUGCCAUUGUGACAACAUGCCUUCCAUACACCAAAUUAUUUAUGGAGGGUUUCGAAUCGGGGCUGAUGCGUUUGGACGACUUACGUCGUCGAGGGGAGCAUACCUCCAAAGACGACAGCAAAGGGUACCAGCUCAUGGACAUAUCACGGUCAGGGCGCUCAGAGCAUUCUACCCGUUCUCAGGGCGGGCCCGAUAGAAGCAUCAAGGUAUCGAAGAGUUGGGCAGUGCAGGUAGACCCCGUAGCCCACAUGCCGGCUACAACAAUACCGCAGUGA